AUGAAGACAUCACCUACCAUGCUUGGAAUCGGGAAAUUAUUUGGGGUCCUCUUCCUAAUUCCACUUGUAGGCAUCUGGAGUAUCAAUGGGGAUGAAUCAUGUGAUAUACAACUUAAUAGAUAUUCCAUAUAUGUUGUGUCAUCAGGAGACCCAUUUGAACUGGAAUGCCCUGUGAAAUAUUGUUCUAAUAGACCUACUGUGACCUGGUGCAAGGCCAAAGGAAACUGUUUACAUCUUGGGGACAGACUUCAGGGCUUCAUGGGUUGGGAAGAAAGGAAGAGUAUUUCAGGUUUUAUUCUGCAUUUUAAUCAAGUGCUUGCUAGUGCCAAUGGGUCAUACCACUGUUCUGUGAACUCUUUGCCUGGACUCAUUGAAAGCCACUCAGUUACCAUUAAUGUGACAGAUACAAGGAAUGCCUCAGGACCCCCCUCCAAGGAAGAGAUGGUGGACCAACCAUGGACCCUUUAUAGUUUGUUUCCUUUGGGGGCUUUACCUCUAUUCAUUACCUGUUUCUACAUAUUCUGCUGCCUUAGACGGCACCGAGGGGAACAAACAAAGCUUUCUGAUAUAUCAGGAAGGGAAAGUAACCUGAAUGGUUCAUCUUCGGAGAAGCUUGAUGAGAAGAUUAUAUUAAAACUAUCAGAAUCUGGAUAUUUUAGUCCAUCUUUUGGUUCUGCUCACUUCUAUUUUGGAUCAACCUUCAGUCAGGCUCUGUCUGCAGCAGCUCUAGAACUCCAAGUGCAGCAGGAAAGAGAAAGUCCUGGUCUCAGGAAGCUCAGAGAGAAGCCUCAGAACGGCAUCUCAGUGAUUGGUUGUCCAGACUUAGACCCUAUGCACAUUCGUGAAUCAAACUGUGACCAGACCAAACUGUGGUGCACAAAUGUAUUGUCUGAAUUAGGAUUUGGCCACAAGGGCAUCCCCAGAGCCAGGUGUAAGGUCAACUUCACUUUACACAUAUGGACAGAAGCUUGGGGAAGGGUGACUUCCCAAAACCAAAUCAGUAUCCUGUGCCCACAGGAUGGGAGUCUUGACUUUGGUAACAAGACCAACAAAUGCCCAUUAUAG